AGAAUCGAUUCCUUAGAAAGAAGGGACCCUCCUUCCCUUCUUUCCCUUUGGCAUGCAAGGGCCCAGGCCCCUUCUGUGCCUCCUCCUAGCCCAACACGCAGGUUCCAAGCUCUGCUAACGGCCUCCCGGGGUGUGUGGUGGGACUGAAAAUCCUCGUUCAUUGAAUUCCUAGCCUCUCAGUCCGCUCCGACCCCGCAGCCCAUGGCCGAGCCCCAGAGUAGGGCGUGAAGGCUCUGGGGAGGCCAGGGUCGCCGCUCCCCACCUCCUCCAACGCGGUGCAGUCGGUCCCCAGGACUCUCCGGGAAGGGGACUGGUGGCCCCCUGGAGCCACCCUGCCUUACAGGCCCUCCUCCCCAAAGACGUACUCCAGCAAUCUCUAGCCCUCUUGCAGCUGAGAGGAGCCCAGGAUCUCAGGCCUAAACCAGUGAAAAAUACCCCUGAACGAUGGGUGAGACGCUCUCCCAGCUGGGCUCUCGGGAGGAUGAGAACAAGUCGAUGCUGCCCUCCGGCCCAGCCUGUGGCAGCGAGGCUGCCAGCUACUCCAGCACCACCGGCAGCAGCAAGCCUUCUUGUUCCUGUGCGCCUUGUGAAAGGGCUGCUGGCGGCAGCUUUGCGACUUGUCCCACCUGCCAGGGCAGUGGGGAGAUCCCUCGAGAACUAGAGAAGCAGCUGGUGGCCCUCAUCCCCUAUGGGGACCAGAGGCUGAAGCCCAGGCACACGAAGCUCUCCGUGUUCCUGGCAGUGUUCAUCUGCCUGGUGACCUCCUCCCUCAUCGUCUUUUUCCUGUUUCCCCGGACUAUCGCCGUGCAGCCUGUAGGCCUCAACUCCUCCACGGUGACUGUUGGCGAGGCCGACAUCCACCUCAAUAUAACGAAUAUCUUGAGCAUCUCCAAUAACAACUACUACCCCAUCGCCGUGACCCAGCUGACCAUUGAGGUUCUGCACCUGUCCCUCGUGGUGGGGCAGGUCUCCAACAGCCUUCUCCUCCACAUCGGCCCUUUGGCCAGUGAGCAGGUGACUCCCUCUUGCUGGCCAGACCUGCCCACAGAUCUGUACCUGGCUGAAAAUCAAAGUCCACCAUGUGCUUCUGCACAUCCAGGGCACCCUGACCUGUUCCUACCUGAGCCAUUCAGAGCAGCUGGUCUUCCAGAGCUACGAAUAUGUGGACUGCCGGGGAAACGCAUCCAAGCCCCACUUGCUGGUCCCUCGCCCGCCGUGACCUGUCUGCUGUCGUCGAGCUGCGGGCACCUGCCGGCCUGGUCUGUAUCUCCCACCACUCCAUGGCACCCAAUAGGACGAGAGUGACUCUGCCAAAGGAAAAGCCCUGCUUUAUCAUACCCUCCCCCUGUUCACCCCCAGCAGAGGAAGCUUUCUGUGGACGUUAACUUCAUACGCACACGCACACGCACACACACCCUCACGCCCUCUCUGAUUUCCACAGGAAUGGAAGCUUGGUUCUUCUAGAAGCCAGCACCAGAUAUUCCCCUUGGUCUGUCUUGAGGAAAGUCUGACCUGACGUUUCCUCAGAGCUGCCUCAGCGGCAUGGAGUGGCUCCCACACUGUCUGUGCUGAGCACCUUGGUUGCCCAGCUCGUCCAGGGAAGACCUUUGUCCUGCCUGAAUGUGGAGAAAGCUUUCAUUUUGUCUGGCUUUUAAUACAUGGAUCCUUUCCAAGUUC